GAGGCCCUUCUUCGCUGCUGCUCCCGGGCUCCUUCCUUGCCUGGCCCCCCUUUUGCUGAGGCUGCCCGGAGGCGAGGGUUGGGGCCGCUCGGAAGGGCAGUCCCCGUCCCCUUAACUCGCGCUCUCGUUUUUCAAGAAGAAGACCGGGAGCCAAUAUCCGAGGCAGGUAUUUCUGCGGCUCUCCCUUCUCCCCCCUCUCCCUCCCCACUCCUCCCCUUCCCCGAAAGGACCAGAGACGUGAACUUCUCCAGGGUUACUAUGCAAUUGCGACUGGUUUCUUGGCUCUUUAUCAUUUUGAACUUGAUGGAAGACGUUGGCAGCCAGCAGCACCCUGCCAGAGUCCGGCGACAGGGAAGAAUGAAUCCUAAUGUGAGCCAACCUUGUCCAGGAGGAUGUGCAACAUGUUCUGAAUACAAUGGAUGCCUGACAUGUAAACCCCGACUGUUUUUUUUCCUGGAGAGGAUUGGCAUGAGACAGAUAGGGGUAUGUCUUACUUCCUGUCCCAGUGGAUAUUAUGGAACACGACUCCCUGAACAAACUGCAUGUACAAAAUGUAAGCCUGAUUGUGAAGCCUGCUUUAACAGUAAUUUCUGCACAAAGUGUAAAACUGGGUUUUACUUACAUCUUGGAAAGUGCCUUGAAAACUGCCCGGAAUGGCUGGAACCCAACAAUUACACAAUGGAGUGCAAUGAAAUUGUGCAUUGUAAAGUUAGUGAAUGGAGCCCGUGGAGCCCUUGCACAAAGAAAGGGAAAACAUGCGGUUUCAAAAGAGGGAAUGAAACAAGGAUCAGAGAAAUCCUACAACUUCCUUCUACAAAGGGGAGCUCAUGCCCACAUACAAGUGAGACAAGAAAAUGUGUUGUACAAAGAAAAAGAUGCCAGAAAGGAGAAAAAGGAAAGAAAAACCGAGAGGAAAGAAGAAAGAAGCCAAAGAGAGAUGAAAGCAAGGAAACCAGACAAGAAAACAGAGACCGAGAAUCCAGAAGGCAAAACAGAGAGCGGGAAAACAAAAGUAAAAUGCAGCUGAGGAAAAAAAGAGUGCAGGAUAAACAGCAGAAACUGCACACAAUCACCAUCAGCACUGUACACUAACAGCCUUUUACCACUGUUCAGAAUUUUUGCUGCUGCUAUCUCCACCAGAUCCCGGAGCCGGUGUUCUUCAUUUAAGUCACAAAACAACAAUAUUAUCAGUUAUACCUACAUCUUAAACAACAUUCCAAAUAGGUUCUAUUAUAUUCUUCAAGCUGUCACGGUUUAUUCAACAGAUUGACAUGAUCCAAGGAAGUUUAAAAAAGAAAACUUCAAGUGAGAUAAUUUCAAACUGUUAUAUUAUAUGCUUCCAUACAUCUCUAAGAGGCAAUUUUAAAAUUUUGUAUAUACUUAUCAAUAUGGUAUAAAGUAUAGCAAUAUAUUGAAUAUCUGGGUGGGAAAAACUGCCCUUUUUCUUUGUAAAGUAUUUUUGAUUUGUUGUUUAUGAAACAAGAGACAUCUGAAUCAGUAUCUCUACAUGCAUAAUUGUUCAUGUUGCAUAAAAUUUAUGAGAAGGGGGAAACUUCUGAAAGGGCAGUGGGAAUUUGUUUUAUAGCCAUUUCCUAUCCGAACAUUCUAACCAGUGGUUCCUGGGAUUCAUGUCUGAUACUGCAGACUAAUCAGCUAGAUGAGUUCUGAAAGCAAGUGGUGGCAGCAGAAGUGGUGUUGGGACAAAGUGGAAGCAAUGAUAAACACAUUGGAGGCUCUUCUUCUGAAGGACUAUGGCACUAAGCUAUGCAGUGAUCUUAUCUGCAGGACAGCACAAUAUUUUCAGGUUCAAACCAUGAUCAUACAGCAUGUGCUGUUCUAGGCUUUUUGUAACUCUGUGUAACUUAAAUCUACAUUUCCAAACUUUCCGUGACUGACAAAUCAUAUUUGUAGGAAAACAAGCACUGAGUUAAUAAAGACAGAAAAAAUAGACCACAAAAA